UAGAGUUGGAGAUAAAAGGGUCCCUCUCCCUCCAUACACAAAUUCCUAAUUAGAGAGAAGCAACGGGAUAUGGAGGUUUGCAAAAUACUUCAUAUGAAUUCAGGAGAUGGAGACAAAGGCUAUGCCAAAAACUCCUUACUUCAGCAAAAGGUAAUAUCCAUGGCGUGGCCAAUCAUAAAGGAAACAGUUGAAGACUUUUGUAGUACUCAAAACAUUCCAAUUACCACUUUAAGCAUGGCAGAUUUGGGAUGUUCUUCCGGGUCAAACACUCUUAUGAUCAUCUCCAAUUUAAUCAAACAAGUUGAACUUCACACUAACAAACCAACCCAAUAUCAAAUCUUCUUCAACGACCUCCCUUCAAAUGAUUUCAAUGCCAUUUUUAGAUCCUUGCCAAAUUGCUUGCAAGAAUUGAAGAACCAAGUUGGAGAUGAUUUCGGAAACAACUGUUUCUUCAACGGAGUGUCGGGUUCUUUUUAUGGUAGACUCUUUCCAAACAAAAGCUUGCACUUUGUUCAUUCUUCUUAUAGUGUCCACUGGCUCUCUCAGGUACCUCAAGGAAUGGAGAUAAUCAACAAAGGGAAUAUAUUCAUAGACAGUACAAGUCCGAAGAAUGUGAUUGAAGGGUAUUAUAAGCAAUUUCAAAAGGAUUUUUCACUGUUUUUGAAGUGUCGUGGAGAAGAAAUAGUAACUGGUGGACGAAUGGUUUUUACCAUAUUAGGGAGAACGGAUGAAUAUCCACCAAACACAGAUUAUUAUUGUUACGAUAUUAAAUUUAUGAAUUUGGUUCUCAAUGGCAUGGUUAGAGAGGGGUUGAUUAAAGAGGAGAAAGCUGAUAGAUUCAAUAUUCCAAAAUACAGGCCAAGUCCAAAGGAAGUAAAAACAGAGAUUUUAAAAGAAGGAAGCUUCAUGAUAAACCGUGUUCAAGUGUCAAGAAUUGAUUGGAAUUUCUACAAUAACGGCGAAUUUGACGAAUUAUUAUCAAAUAAUAAUGUUCAUGACGUUGUUGAUAGUAGUUAUUAUUUUGCAAAAUGCAUUAGAUCUGUGUAUGAACCACUUUUUAUUUCCCACUUUGGAGAAGCCAUUGUUGAUGAAUUAUUUCAAAGGUAUAGCAAAAUGGUUAAGUAUAAGAUGUCCAACAAAAAAUACGAGUAUGUAAACCUCACUAUGUCCCUUACUAAGAUAUAGUAAAGUUAUUGGAAAUUAUGUAAGACAAUCUUAGUUUCUUUUUAAUAAAAUAAAUGUAUGAUACAUAUGCUUGUAAGAA